UGAACCGGCAGAGAGAUACGCUGAGAGUGAAAUAUUGCUUACCCAACUUUGGGCAACAAAAAAAAAAUCCCUUUUUUGUAAAUGAUGGAAAAACCCAGAAGCGUGUAACUCUUCUAUAAAGGCUGAACGGCUGUGUGUUGGCUUCCAGUUACAUUCUGAAACUGACCAGCUGUAGCAUCAUGACUCUGCGGUUCAGCAGUCACUUCCUGCUUGUGGGGCUGUUUCUGAGCAGCUCGGCUCUGACACCUGAAGAAUGCCAACCCUUGAUCACGCCUUUGUCUCUGGUUGACCCCUACAUGAUGUACGGCAGGACGAACUUCAUCAUGGGUUACACUGAUAACGACAUAUACAACUCCAUCCUGAAGUCAACCGAGAGCUCCUGGAUAAAAAUCACUCCGUCACCGUUCAGCCCCUCUGGCGUUAUUAUGUCUCAGGAGAACAAGAUAAAUGGAACCUGCUUUGCCUCAGCAGUCAACGUAACUAUUGACGGCAACACUGCAACAGCGUCACUCGGCAACGUCACCUCGAUGUUCCACGUGCUGCCGAGCUGCGAAGGCUGCCUGGUCUUCAGCAUCAACAGCACCGCCAGAAACCUCGACAAGUUCCUUCACUUUAUGAAAGUCAACAGCACCGUUAAAGAGGAGGAGGUCACCGCUCGUGCUCUUUAUCUGAUGGGCAGCGAGUCGACCCUGAAGGACUCAGACCUGGAACACUUCAAGCAGCAGGCGAGCUGCCUCGGCUUCGCCAGAGAACCAGACUUCCACUACGACCCCAAGAAAGGUUUCUGUUCUGAAGGCGAGGGCAUUAAGAUGCCGUUCAACUGAAGUAAAAAAAGAAAAAACUUUCAUGACAAAUAUUUCAAACUGAAACUGAGGAAAUAAAGAGACAAAAGGUUACUCAAAACA